CCGAUGAUCAGUGACCGAGCACUUGUUUCAUUUUGGAAAUCAGCCCUUAUCCGCUGUCUCAUCGGUGACUAUGUCCUCCGCACAGGGGGCUCCCUCUGCAUCUUGAGAAAGGCUUCUUGUGCUGUGCUGAAGCUUUUCGGUUUCAUGUGGUCCCAUCUGUUUCUUUUUUCUUCAGGCAGCACGUGGUCUCCUACAGCAUUCAUUGUGGACGAUGGGGAGACCCCUGACGGGCUGAACCUGGGGGCCGUGGUGAGCGAUGUGGAGACGGGAGUGGUGUUCCUUUUCUACUCCCUCUGUGCUCACAAGGCCGGCUGCCAGGUGGCCUCCACCAUGUUGGUGUGGAGCAAGGACGAUGGGGUCUCCUGGAGCCCACCCCGGAACCUCUCCCUGGAUAUCGGCACCGAGAUGUUUGCCCCUGGACCGGGCUCUGGCAUUCAGAAACAGCGAGAGCCACGGAAAGGCCGGCUCAUCGUGUGUGGCCACGGGACGCUGGAGCGGGACGGGGUCUUCUGCCUCCUCAGCGAUGACCACGGCGCCUCCUGGCGCUACGGCAGUGGGGUCAGCGGCAUCCCCUAUGGCCAGCCCAAGCGGGAAAAUGACUUCAACCCUGAUGAGUGCCAGCCCUAUGAGCUCCCAGAUGGCUCAGUUGUCAUCAACGCCCGGAACCAGAACAACUACCACUGCCACUGCCGGAUCAUCCUCCGCAGCUACGACGCCUGUGAUACUCUGAGGCCCCGGGACGUGACCUUCGACCCUGAGCUGGUGGACCCUGUGGUUGCCGCAGGAGCGGUAGCCACCAGCUCGGGCAUUGUCUUCUUCUCCAACCCAGCCCACCCGGAGUUCCGAGUGAACUUGACCCUGCGCUGGAGCUUCAGCAACGGUACCUCUUGGCGGAAAGAGACAGUCCAGCUCUGGCCAGGGCCCAGCGGCUACUCCUCGCUGGCAGCCCUGGAGGGCGGUGUGGGCGGGGCGGACCAGGCCCCCCUGCUCUUCAUCCUGUAUGAGAAAGGCCGGAACUACUGCACAGAGAGCAUCUCCCUGGCCAAGGUCAGCGUGUACGGGACGCUCUGAGCUGCACACUUGCCACGGCGAGAAGGCCCUGGCCUCAGCGGCCUCAGGACCGUGGCCUGCGGAGGGUCGCCGGGCGCCCAAAGGACAGUUCCACCUUCCUUUAGAAUCCAGCCUUUUGCAAAAUCAAGUUUUCUUUGACAGGGAAAUUGCUCCGUUAGGCUUCCUUUCCAUAGCACUGGGCCUGGCCCUGCCCUUCCUGCCCCCAGGGGCCUUGCUGGGCCCUUCCUUGGGCCUGUAGGCUGAAUAAACGUGAACUCAGGGA